AUGUCAUAUAUUGGUAUAAAUACAUCUGGAGGCAUAAAUCCAUGCAUCACAUUCUAUGAAAGAAUAUAAACUUGUAUUAAUAAAGAAAAUUUGCCAAAUAAGCUUUGUGCAAUUGAAGGAUUAGAUUUUUUAGAAUGCGUUAAUCGUAGGAAACAGGUAAAAUUAAUUGGUAUCUCAAUCACACUCUUAAAAAUAAAAUUCAUUAGGAAUUACAUAAGAAUAGAAUUCUUGUAUUACCUACAUAUGAUGUUGAAAACGAUAAAUUUUUAUCAAGAUAUUAAAAUGCAACAGAUGUCUUUAAAUAAACUCAUUGAACAAUAAUCAUAAACAGACAUUAAAAUAAUUAUCAUUAUAUAUUCAUUAAUUUGA